AUGAACGAGUACCUCACUCUAGGUCAUAUGAGUCUCAGCGAAGACUCCGAGGACGGCUAUUACCUGCCUCAUCAUGCUGUGAUCAAGCAAUCCAGCGAAACCACUAAGCUCGCUCGCGAUGAAGCCAAGGACUUCCCACGAGCUAGCAAAAUAUUACUUCGUGAUUUUUAUGUCGAUGAUCUCGUGUCAGGCGGAGAAACUCUUGAGGAGAUCUUGGCGAUUCGCGACGAGAUGAUAGCGUUGUUACGUCGAGGAGGUUUUGCCAUUCGAAAAUGGGCCUCUAAUCACUCGUCUGCUCUAGAUAGUAUUGACAAAACUAUCUUUGAUUUGGAUUGCGUGAUCAAGGAAGAUCCCAUCCAAAAAAUGUUAGGCAUCGUAUGGGAUUCCAAACAAGAUCUUCUUCAAUAUUCCACCAAUGUCGUUGAUCCUCAAGCCACCUCCACAAAGCGAUUGCUUUUAUCUGAAACAUCCGAGAUUUACGACCCUCUUGGCCUUUUGGGGCCAGUCGUAUUGUUUGCCAAGAAAUCGCUGACCAGCGAACUUGCAUUAUUAAGACAAGUGUCGUUCUCUCGACAAUUCCUGGUUUCUAAUCCAAUUCGGGUUCAAGUUCUUGGAUUUUGUGAUGCCUGCUCUUAUGGAGAUGGAGCCUGCAUGUUCCUCAGAUCCUCAGAUUCCACCUAUACGGUGGUGAUUAGGUUGAUUUGCAGCAAGUCGCGAGUCGCACCUCUGAAAGGGGUAACCAUUCCUAGGUUGGAGUUAUGCUCCGCUUCUCUUCUUAAGAAGCUUUAUGUAGAAGCAAAACCCCAAUUCAAUUUCCCGAUCGAUCAAACUAUUUUUUGGUCCGAUUCCACCAUCGUUCUGGCCUGGUUAAGAAAGGCCCCGCAUCUGCUGAGAGUUUUCGAGUCAAACAGAGUUGCCGACAUUCAAACGUUGGGAGAUCAGGUCGAAUGGCGGCACGUGCGUUCGGAGGACAACCCGGCGGACGUCCUUUCCAGAGAUCUCUCAGAACGAAUUAGAAAAAUCAUAGCAUUGAUACGUCCAUUAUUAGUUCUUGAAGUUGCAUCUUCUGAAACUAAAAUUCUCAAGCUUCUUCAACAAGAAAGAUUUUCACUAGAACUUCGUCAUUUAUCAAAUUCAUCUGGAUCGCGUCGCAAGGGAACUAGUUUCGACAAGCUAACUCCGUUCAUAGAUGAUCAGGGUCUCAUUCGCGUAGGUGGGCGUUUAAAAGAUAAUCAAAAACAUCUAAUUCUAUUACCCAGGGAUCAUCACCACAUAACUGAUCUAUUAAUUCGUCAAGUUCAUCGUUCCAAUUUGCAUGCCGGAAUUCAAACUACACUUUAUGCUAUCAGGUCCAAAUUUUUCAUCAUCAACGGAAAGAGACAAAUCCGAAAAAUCAUCCGUAGUUGCAUAGACUGUAUUCGUCAAAAACCACCAGCGGCUCAUGCUCAGAUGGGCAAUUUACCUAAGGCCAGAGUAGAUGGAUCUCCGGCCUUUGAUCACACCGGUGUUGACUUCUUUUGGCCCAUGCUUAUUAAAGAAAAGAAAAAUCGAAAUAAGUCCUUCCUAAAGGUCUACGGUAGUGUUUUCAUCUGUUUAGCCUCAAAGGCUGUUCACAUCGAACUCGUAUCAGAUUUGUCUACUGAAGGUUUUUUGAUUGCUUUCCGUCGGUUCGUCUCACGUCGAGGCAUACCAAGUAAUGUGUAUUCCGAUAACGGCACCAAUUUCAUAGGUGCAGACAGAAAGCUUCAAGAACUUUACGACCUUUUCGAGAAACCCGAAUUUCGCGAAAAGGUGGGCGAACAUGCUAUCGCGAAAAGGGUCCAAUGGCAUUUCAACCCUUCCUUGUCGCCUUACUUUGGAGGUCUUUGGGAGGCAGCUGUAAAGAGCUUUAAACACCAUCUUAAACGGAUACUAGACAAACAACUUACGUUCGAACAACUAGAAACACUCUUAAUCGAAAUUGAAGCGAUAUUAAAUUCGCGACCUUUGUGUGCUCUUUCAGCCGACCCCAAUGACCCACUAGCUAUUACACCUGCGCAUCUUUUAAUCGGACGCCCAUUCAAUGUCUUACCCGAGGAAUCUUUGAUUUCAGUUCCAAGUAAUCGUCUGUCUACCACUAACUUCAUGACCCAGGCCCGACAAACCUUCUGGAUGAAGUGGCAUCGGGAAUAUCUCCAUGAGAUCCAAUUACAACAAAAAUGGCAUACGUCAAACUCGGAAAUUAAACCUGGACUGGUUGUCCUCAUGAUGGAUGACUUAACGCAUUGUGCAAGGUGGCCACUGGGCGUAAUCCUCGAGGUCUUUCCUGGGAGUGACGGCAUCGCUCGAGUAGCUUCUGUAAAAACUACAUCUGGAGUCUACAAGCGCAAUAUUACUCGAUUAUGUAUCUUACCGACAGAACAAGAGAAUAGUUCUCCUAUAGUUCCUCAACAACUUCCAAAUUCUAAUCGUUGA